UCCUGAGAGGAUGAAGCAAAAUAUUUGCUACGAGGGUGGUGAAUCCAUCAAGAGUAUUGAAAUUCUACCGCCACCCAAGCCUAAAGAACCUGAAAAGCCUAAAGAGAAACCAGCACCAGCGAAAGUAGAGCCGCCAAAACAAGACAAGCCUAAGGUUACUUUUGUGGACCCACUGCCAAACCCGGCACCGUACUUCCCACCAUCGGCUUAUCAGAACCAAUGUCCAACGUGUUGCAGGGAAUGGUACGAGGGGCGUGGAGGAGGGCCAGGUUACCAACGAGAUUACUAUGGGCCGCCAACAUGUCGUUAUUGCGGAUAUAACGAGAAGCCGGUGUAUGAUAGCUGGGGUGUCGGUGGCGGUGGCCGUGGCGAUAGUUACAGAGCUAAUAGAUUUGAUUGCUUUUCCGAAGAGAAUCCUAAUGCAGCUUGCAGAAUCAUGUAAAAGUAAUUAAUGGCGGUGCACUGCAUCUGCAUGCAUGCGAAGCUAGGUGGUUUCACUAUAGUAGUACUUGAUGAUAGAUCUUUUGUAUUACUUCAGUAGAUUAAAGACACGUGUACUUUUUAUAUAUG